AUGUAUGGGGCUGGUCCUCUCAAUCAGUUUGGUAAAGAUUUCCUAAGACAUGGCAAGAAUUGGACACACGGAUUAUGUCAGUUGGACUCUGACAAUGACGGACAGAAAAACGGGGAGGAGCUAGGAGAUCCAUGGUGUGAAUGGACUCCUGGAAGUGCUGACAAUUUACCUCUUCCAAGAUCACAUCCGGGUAUCUGUGAUUCACCUGCAAUACGACAGUGUACUAAUGGAGUUGUGACACAUUUCGUAUGUCCUAGGCAACAAAAUCCACCUAAUCAUGAUCCCUUCAAUAACUUGGUGUUUGAGCCUCCUCCAUUACCCGACCAAGAACGAAAUUUCGGAGAGUUGGAUAAUAUACCGAAUUUUCAAUUCCUUGGAAGAACAUUGCGUCACAACCAAAGACCGAAUCGACAACCGGAAGUAAACCCUGCACCCACACCACCACCACCAACCCCACCACCUCCAAUACCAUCCGUUAUACACAAACGGAUUCGUAUGCCCCCUGUGGAAUCAGUACCUCCCGAGCAAUCCAAUACGGACAAGUCUGAGAAUGAAAGUCCAGCAGGUUUAUUUAGUCCAUUCAGUCUUUCCAACCUCCCCCCGAAUGAACCCAAAUCUCAUGAUCCACCACCAACUCCUAAACCACCGGAUGUCGUAUCUCCCCGGAAACCGCCACAAAGAAAAACCUCAGAACCAACAUCUCCAUUUAGUUUAACUAAUAAUCCUCCAAUAGGUCAACCAGAUAGAUCUGGAAGUGAAUCAAACUCAAAUCUGAACCCAACGCAGAGGCAGGAUAUGCCUCAAUCAGGUGUUUCUUCGCCCUUUAGCCUUUCAGGGAAUUUGCCAGAUGCAAACCCUAUUCAACCUAGCCCAAACAUCCAGACUAUAAAUUCCAAUGUCAAUCCGGUUAUUAUUCCUCAACCUAAUCCUAAUGUAAACACACCUUCUCAAAACAGACAGGGGAACACGAUUAGUUCCCAACCACGAAUGAACAGCAAUAGCGCAAGCAACACCCAAGAGAGAGGUACAGUACCAUCCAGGCCAGGACAAGGUACAAACACAUUCCCUCAAAAUCCAGUGAAUAUUGGGAAUUCUCGGGUUGUACCACGUAAUAAUAAUAACAUCCCACUCAUGUUACGCCGAGGCCGGUUUCCUCUUCGAAAUCAAAACAAUUUACAAUUACAAACACAAAACCAUAACCCAUUUUCUAGACAACCUUUCACUUCUCAAAAUUUAAAUCCGUUUUCUACGUUUCCCGGUCAAACAACAAGUGCCCGAAAUCCACUGUUAACUGCUCGUCAAAAUCCAAGAACACCUUUUUCACGAACUACUUUCCCUAGACAAAAUCCAAAUACUCCCCAAAGUCAAACUGGUUUCUCAAAUACUGUACCUCAAUUUCCAUUUCCAAUGAUUCCAAGAAACCAAAGUGCAGUCAUGCGUUUACCUCGACGAAACACGUUUCCACGACAGAAUCCUUUCCAAAGAUUUCCUGCGCGAAAUCAAAAUUUUGGAACAAGUUCUAACACUCAACAGAUUCAAAAUUCAAAUCAACAACGGCCUGUGUCGAAUAUAGCCAAUCAAAGACCACGAUUUACAGUUCAACAAGUACGGGCUAAUUCUCAGAGGGAACCUAAACGUGAGGACCCUUCUCUGUUUGUUAUUAGGACACUGAGACAAGUCAUGAGACCAAAUUUUACCUGCCCUGGACUAACUGGACCAAAUAUAUAUACGUGGAUGCUCCGCCUGCCUCGGGUCCAGAUCCCUAGACGUUUCCAGUCCGGAGUCUGUAUGGUCUUUAAUCUCCCGACCAAUGGAGAAUUCCAUUUGAUAGGGGGAACUCCUAUGAUCGACAACAGAGACGCUGUCCAACAGAUGUUUGUCUAUGGUUGUGACGAGGGCACCACCGUUCCAGUGACGUCACGUCCGUACGCCUGCGACGGGAUGCCGAGGAGAGAAUGUCAGAACAUCAUUGGUGGAUACGCCGGAUCGAUACCUGGAAUAUGUUUCCCUCGAUCAGGAGGGAUUCGAAUCGGUCGAACUGGUUUCAAGCAAAUUAUCCUUCAGGUUCGUUGGACAAACUUGUUCGGGAGAUUCGGAACGACUGACAGUUCCGGUAUGACUAUUUACUACACAAACAUCUUACGUCAAUAUGAUAUUGGGACCAAGGUACUACGAGCAACACACUUCACCAUUCCUCCUGGUCAACCGGCACACACCGUGUCGAGCACGUGCCCGGGAGAAUGCACGGUCAUGCAGAUAAGGUCUCCCAUCUACAUAAGUAUGGCGUUCAACCACAUGCACUUGCUAGGCAGAAAAGAAAAGGUAGAACUUGUACGAAAUGGAGAGGUCGUGGAUCUGAUCACUGAGGAAGAUGCGUUCAGUUAUGAUGAUCCGAAAGCAUAUUGGCACCAGACCCCAAUUCAGGUAUUGCCAGGAGAUAGUCUGCGCAUGUCGUGUGUAUACAACUCUAUGAACAUGCAAGGUAACGUGUCGUGGGGUUUCGGCGAAACUGACGAGAUUUGCCUUGCUACGCUCUUCUACUAUCCCAAGGAGAGCUGGGAGACGACUUCCUGUACGAGUUUCCGUAGUAUACCUCUGUGUAAGCUGGAGACAACUGGAAUUGUUAAUGACUGUGACUUUAACCGCUUCUUCGGCACUCUUCGGCGUGAUUUUCAAACAGCUGCGGUUUUAGCAAACUGUACCGUACGUCGUAUGUGUAAUGAUGACUGUCAUUCAUUGGCGAAAGCAGCGCAAUCACAUCCAUGUUUAAAGGGAGAUAACUUUAAAUUGCUUGAGUCAAGUGUCGAUAUAUCCCCAGACGAAAGACUUUCUGUACUGUUUGAAACUUUAAAAAUAUGUCACUCAGGAAUUCAUGGAAACGAGGCGGCCAUUCCAAUUUCAAAUAAUCAUAUACCAGUGAAUUUAUUGCCGGACGUGCAAACUGUGGAAAACAUGAUGCAUAAUGAAAAAAUGAACAGCCCAUUUCUGCCGUUAAAUGUACAGAAACCGACUUUAUCACCCGUAGUUACAGCGCCACCUGCACCUGUAAUUUCCCCGCUACCAACACCACUUCCGCCACCGCAGUCAACGACAAAACAAGUACUCCGAACUGAGAAAAAAUCAGGCGAAAACGAGGCUGUAGUACGAAAAACUGGCGAUACAAGAGUGAAAGUUAUACCUAUAAAUAGAAACAACGAGGAAGAAAGUGUUCAAUCUACGAUUAUAAGACUCGUGCAGGAUCAUUUCCGGUCUGUUCCUAUAAGCAUUGUCGUUAUAUCCCCCGAUGGCCUUUUACGCGUGGAAAAUCAAGUAGGACUUUCUAGUUUUACUAACCCUUAA